UUCCUCAGGAUACAUGUCAGUAUUUAUCGGCUAUUUUGGCAACUCAUCAAGAGAUUUGUGUGCCUUAGUAAUCAGUCAGAAUAUUAUCACGUGUUCAAUAAUUUUGAACUUUCUCAAUGUUCAGAUGUCGCGCCGUAGGGAACCCGAUCACCCGACUCCUACUCAGGCCACAGUAGUCGCACAGUUCCGCGACUAUCAUACUGAGAAAUUCUCCGGGCAGGGAGAUCCCCGUAUCGUGGACGAGUGGAUUCAGGGCCUGGAGUUUAUCUUCGAGGUCAUGGAUUGCCUAGAUAGAUAUCGCGUAUUCUGCGCUCAGCUUCAGCUAACCA